AUGGCGGAAUCUGCUCCAAUACCACAAACAUUAACUCCCCAGUUUUGUUUCUCGACGGUUGCAUUGAGAGAUUUUCUUCGUAUAUCUCGCUCCUCAGUUGACGAUAGUAUAACGCAGAAUCUCAAUGCGCUCGUAACGCCUUCCACGGAAGGUUUUGACCCCUCGUCUACCUCGAUCCGCACUCCUCGACCCCUUCACUCAAAACAAAUAUCUGGUACUGCAUGUCAGAGUUUCAAGGAUUCAGUUCUAUUUCCCUCGUGGCAGGCGAGAUCGGAUGUGCUGAAUUAUUGCGCUUCGGUUGCUACGAGUCCCGACCCUGAUGACCCGGAUUUGGUACAGAGACAAGUUGAGAGUGCGAGGGAUAGAGAAAGGGUGGUAGAUGAGAGGUUAGAUCCUUAUUCGGCGAGGUUCUUUCCCAAAGAGGCGCGGACGGAGAGGUUGGCUGCUAUAGUGAGACAGGAAAGAGGGGUGGAGAAUAUCAUAAGGGCGAGGAGUUGGGGGCUAGUGAGGGAAAGAUGUGGAGGGGAUACGGAGAAUUGGGAAGAAGUUCUUGAUCAGUGGAGGAAGAGUAGAGAAAAGAGUCAAUUAGUUGGGUAG